CUCGGCAAGAUGAGCAAGUGGGUCAACGUCGACUUCGACAACGGCGCGCCAGCGCCUUCGUCUGCCCCCUCCAACUCGUCCUCGAAUGCUCAUGCAUCACUCCCACCACCUGCUCCAUCGUCCGCAUCCUCAGCUCCACCGUCAUCGUCAUCAUCUGCCCGAUACGAGGCAACUGAAUAUAUCCACAUCGAAGUGGGGGAGCCUGUGAAGCAAGGAGAAGGCAUGCAUGCGUACAUUUCGUACAAGAUCACGACAACCACCGACCGCCGGCAGUUCCAGAAGAGUCAAUUCUCGGUGAUCCGUCGAUUUUCCGAUUUUGUCUGGUUGCAUGCGUCGCUGUGUGCCCACUAUGCAGGGGUCGUUGUGCCACCGUUGCCCGAGAAGUUGCUCGUGGGUCGUUUUUCCCCCGAGUUUGUCGAGUCUCGCCGUCGUGCUCUCCAUUUAUUUCUGUGUCGAUGUGGGGCACAUCCCGAAAUCCAGCACAGCGUGCAUUUGACCACGUUCCUUGAAGCAUCCGACGACGCAUUAGCACAAUUCAAGGCCGACAAGGCAAAAGGGGGCAGCGCGACAAGCGGAGGUAGUAGCAGCAGCGGCGGAAGCGGUGGGGGUGGCCUUGGGCUCUUCCAGUACGUCAGUGACACGGUCGCGUCCAUUUCGAGCACACUCACGUCCACAACCUUUCUCGACAAGUUAAAGACGAACGCGGACGUUCAAGUCGAAGACAUCUCGGCCUACAUGGACGCUUUGGAACCCAUCAUCCAAGGGCUUGCAAAACAUGCCCACGGACUUACCAAGCGCGCGAGAGAGAUUGCCGACGGCUUGUUCGAGUACGGCGUGGCGUUGACGUUGCUGGGGGAGUCUGAGGAAAACGAAUCGCUCCAGACUGCGCUGCGGUAUGUCGGUUCCUGCGCGGAUGCGCUGUCAGUCUUGGCAGCUGAGCAUGCGGAAAAGGAAGUGUUGCUGUUCGAAGAGCCCAUGGUCGACUACAUCCGGCUGGUGGGAGCUGUAAAAGCCGCCUUGGUCAAGCGCAACGAAGUACGCCAGGUGUACCACGCAACGGUGGCUGACCUGGACGCCAAGAAGGCGACCCUGGCGAAGCUCCAGGCAAAAGGCAGCAGCCUUGACAAAGUCCAAAGUGCCGAGAGCGAUGUGUCCAAGGCGCAGCAUCGCGUCGACGAUGCCAAGCUCGAGCACGACAUUGUGACAGAGCGCGUGGUGCGGGAGGUCGACCGCUUCAAGCAGGACAAGCUGAACGACUUUAAGCGCAUCGUGCUGGACUACGUCGAGCUCCAGAUUGAGUACAACACUAAAGUUGAAGCGAAAUGGGCUAGCGUCGUACCAAAGUUGCAAGCGAUUCAAAUUGAAGGCGGGAGUGCCAGCCCCGGCAAGACCAAGAGCGCGGCCACCGGCCUCCCCUCGGACAGCGACACGUCUGGUAGUGGACACAACGUCGCAUUGUAAUCACUUGGCAUCGUUUCGAUCUUAAUGUAUCAUCUUUUCGUCUCGAAGGAU